AUGAAGGGGGCUACGCGUCACUGUCAAGGCGACAUGAAGAGCUUGGCCGCGCCUCCAACGGAGCUGUUUUGCCAGGAUGUCCGAGGCAAGGUGCUGAAAAGAGAGAUCGACUUGCGCAACUUCUUGGGCGUAUCCAACAACUGGUUGAUUGCCAUCGCGUCACAUCCUGCCGCAAGCGGUUCUCGCACACUUGUGCUCGAAGGAACUUCCAUCACUGACCACGGCAUUGCCCACCUGCACAAACUCAAAUACCUCACGAGUUUGGACAUCUCGAGAUGCCACGCUAUCACGGACGAAGGGCUGAAUACCAUCCGCCGCCACUUGAGCUUAUUGCAGGAGUUCCGCCUCGACGAAUGCCACCACUUUUCCAGCGCCGUGCUUAGUAAAGUCUGGAAAGACUGCAAGCGCUUGCAUACGCUCUCAGUUCGAGGGUGCCCGGGUGUCACGGACGCGUUCUUGCAAUGCAUUGCCAAUACUCAGCGAUCAUCUGCAGCCUGCACGCUUCGGUGGCUGGACGUGCGUCAGUGCAAGAACCUCACGUCGUCUGGAAUCUCGUACCUGGCCAGUUCGUCCGUUAAGGGCAUGGCGAUGCAACAUCUAGCAGUGGACGAUUGCCUCAGUGUGGACAACAUGGCCUUCUUCGCCUUUGAAACGAGUCCAGGGCUUCGCUCUCUGACGUUGUUGAGUCUUAGCGGGCUGGGAAUCGACGAGACGGCGGUCAGCUGGAUCGUCAAAGGCUGCGGAUCCACCUUGCAGCGGCUCAACGUCGCGCGGUGCAAGGCGCUGUCGGACUUUGCCUUGUUGCUGAUGGCGCCGCUGAUCUCGUCGCCUGUAUUCGUCAAGCUCAACAUGCAAGACUGCCCCCUUAUCACGGAUAGUGGCAUCAAAAACCUCUUUUCGCUCCAAGAAGAGAAGUAUCAGAUCUCUAAUCUGGAUGAAAAUGACGACGAUAGUCCGCGUACCCAGUUGCUGUCCCUCAAUCUGAAGAACUGCCCGAAUAUUGGGGACGAUUCCUUGGUGCUAAUAGGAAAGCACGGUGGGAAUAUCUCGAAACUCAACCUGAAAGGGUUGCGUAAAGCGUCUGAUAGCGGCGUGAUGGAGAUCGCCAAGGGCUGCGCGGUGCUUACGAGUAUAUCACUUUCGGGUCGGAACAUCACAGCGCAAACGUUCAAGUUACUAGGCAAAAUGUGCCGGAAACUGCGAGUCCUUGAUGUAUCGGAGCGGCAUGACCUGGAAACUCCAGGAUGCUUCAUGAACUUGGUGUCGACUACAGCAAGUGGUAUUCACCCGCCACAUCCGUUGAGACGAAUCGAUUUAAGCGGAACGAACGUCUGUGAUAUCGGCGUGAGCGUGCUGGCAGCCGCGUGCCGCCAACUGGAGUGGAUUAACUUAUCCAAGUGUGCGCAAAUUACGGAUUUUGCGACGGAAGCGCUUGCUUCACGUAGUUUCCAGUUAAAAGUCCUUUUACUGGCCAACACGCGCGGAAUUACGGAUCGAUCGCUAACUGCACUCGCGUUCACCAAGAUCCCGUUGGAAAUUCUCGACUUAAGUGGAAAUACGCGCGUGACGGACGAAGGUCUGCUCGCACUGUGCGCAAAUUGCCAACAGAUCCAGGAGCUGCGGCUCAAAGGCUGCGACCGACUGUCCCAGAAGGUAGUGAAGCGCUGCAACGACACUCUCUUGCCUUUCACCAAACCAUUCACGACUGCGUCGUUGAUCAAGACGAUCGCAACCGGUGGGGCCAACUCGACCAUGGUGCUGGAGCCUCUGCCAAAGGUUCACAUUGAGCUGCUCCGCGUUAUGCAGGAGCGAUACAGAGCUGCUGUGAUGUUGCAGACCAAGUUCCGCAAGUGGAAAAACAAGAAAUUCACGAUAGCGUUUCUGGCAAACCGCCGACUUUUACGUGAAACUCGAGCGGCGAGGAAAAUCCAAAAGUGUGUGAGGGAUUUUCUGGCCUGGCGUCGCUUCUUGCACUUGUUGUCGCUCAAGGAGAGUAUGGACAAGAUCGUGUACGUUCAAGCUCAUGCUCGAGGUAAUAGAGCUCGUCGAGAAGUCCGCACUUGGCGCUUUACUGCGAAUCUAGCUGCCCGACGGAUUCAACGCUGCUACCAUCCACACCACAUAAUCCGGAUGAAAAUCCGCAACUACUACGCUCGCGAGAUUCAGCGCGUGUAUCGCGGUUACCGUGGCCGGCAACGAUAUCAACGACUCAUCUACGAACGGAAGCUGGAGUGCGCUGGUAAAAUCUGGCGCUGGUAUCGCCGAUGCCUCAACUAUCGCGAGUUUCAAGCGCGCUCAAAGUGGCUGGUGGAGAAAAUCCGCAGCAUCCAGGGCCAGUGGCGGAAGUACAAGCGCCGACAGAACUUCACCAAGUACAUGGCCUACUAUCGCGAUGCAGCCAUAAAAAUCCAAAGCGUGUGGCGUCGGAAGUUGGCGAUACUUCACCCACCAAUACUGCUAUCGUGA